AAGGAUUACACAGGUUAACGAGACUCGAAAAGUCACAUUAAUAACAACGGACAAAAAACAAGCCCACAAUGGCACCAAAGACAAUGAAAGCAGUGGACAUAAGAAACGGCAAAGGCUCCGCCGACAACCUCUUCAUCAACCCCGACACGUCUUUCCCCCAAGCCCAGCCUGGCCAAGCCCUCGUUAAAGUCAAAGCCUUCGGCCUCAACCGCAUGGACCUGAUCCAGCGAGAGGGCCACUACCCUUUGCCUCCUCAAGCACCCAGCACUUUAGGCGUCGAGUUCUCCGGCACCAUUGAGUCUUUUGGAGAUGGCGACCACGGCGACUUCAACGUCGGCGACGAAGUCUUUGGCCUAGCCUACGGCGGCGCCUAUGCCGAGUACAUUGCCGUGUCGUCCAAAAUGCUGCUGCAUAAGCCGGCGCACCUGAGCUUCGAGCAGGCGGCGGGUGUGCCGGAGACGUGGAUCACAGCGACUCAGGCGCUGCAUUUUGUACUGGGCGGGAUCGGCGAGCAGGGGAAGACGAUCUUGUGGCAUGCGGGAGCUUCGGGGGUGUCUAUUGCGGGCAUUCAGCUCUCGAAGCUUGCCGGCGCGAAACAAAUCUUUGCAACGGCGGGCUCGGCUGACAAGUGCAAGUUCAUCGAGAACGAGCUGGGCGCGACGGCAGCGUUCAACUACAAGGAACAGGACUGGGUGGAAGAGAUCAUGAAGAAGACCGAUGGCAAGGGUGUUGAUUUGGUCGUUGACUUUAUCGGCGCCAGUUACUUCCAGAAGAACCUGGAUGUGGUGGCUCGUGAUGGGCGCAUUUGCAUGCUGGGACUGAUGGGCGGUGCUGUAGCCGACAAGGUGGACAUCUCCAAGCUACUUUACAAGAGGGCCCGCGUGGAAGGGAGUACCCUCAGGAGCCGUGACGAGAACUAUCAGGGCCAGCUGAGGGACAAGUUGAGCGAAUACCUGCCCAAGUUCGAGAGCGGUGAGCUCAAAAUCUUCAUUGACACUGUCUUGCCCUUUGAGGAGAUCGUCAAGGCUCACAAGCAGCUUGAGGCGAACACGACCAUGGGCAAGAUUAUCUGCACUGUCUCAUAGACGACAGUACCAGUACAGGACCGUAAGCUGUCCCUAGCUAGUCAGGGGUCAUUUGCCAACCAGCGAUGCAAGUAAAGCGCUGCGAUACCCUUUUGCAAUUAUCUUCACCUGCGGAAUCCCAUCGGAUGCCGCGAUAUGAAACCCGAACCUGAGCGCUAAAUAUAGUAGGAAACGCCUGUACUAUCACCAAGACAUCAUUCAAUGCUCCGCAAGCCAUUUCAACAUCUGCUCAAAAGCGGCAGCUUGUGCCUCCUUGAUAUGAGCAUCCUCAUAC